GGUGGAUCUUUCUCUCUCUACAUAUAAGAGCGAUCAUGGUAAAUAAUGAGAACCGAGAUAGUUUCGGUUUUGCAAGUUCUUUUUCCUUUGAGCGUUGACUGCCUAGUGAAAGAGGAAGGGCGGGUGUCACACUGCCUUCUCCGGCGGCCCAUCCUUGCUCCUAAAUCCCUAACAACCCAUAUAGAGAGGGAGGAGAAAGGGAGACUCCUCCUCUCAUGGCGAUUAUCUACGCCGUGGUGGCGAGAGGAACGGUGAUCCUUGCCGAAUUUGCCGCUGCGACGGGCAACACGGGUGCUGUGGCCCGGCGGAUCCUCGAGAAGCUCCCCCCGGCCUCCGACUCCAGGCUCUGCCUCUCCCAGGACCGCUACAUCUUCCACAUUCUCCGAUCCGAUGGCCUCACCUUCCUCUGCAUGGCCAACGAUACCUUCGGAAGGAGGGUUCCUUUUUUAUACUUGGAGGAUAUUCCACAUGAGAUUUGAAAAACUUAUGGCAGAGUUGCUCAUUCUGCAUUAGCUUAUGCGAUGAAUGAUGAGUUCUCUAGAGUGCUACACCAGCAGAUGGAAUUCUUUUCCAGUAAUCCAAGUGUUGAUACGCUUAACCGUAUGCGAGGUGAAGUCAGUGAGAUACACACUAUCAUGGUUGAAAAUAUAGAGAAGAUAUUGGACAGAGGAGAUAGAAUUGCACUUCUUGUUGACAAAACUGCUACAAUGCAAGAUAGCGCCUUCCCAUUUCAAGAAGCAGUCCAGACGCCUUCGCCGAGCACUUUGGAUGAAAAAUGGCCAAGCUUUUGUGGCUGGAGCUCUCUCGAUCAUUUCCUUGUGGCUGGAGUGCCUUUUACUACCUUUGUUAUAUAAAAAGCACUAUAUCUUUUGAACUUUUCUAGUCGCAGCUAUCCUUGUGCUAUGCUUCUUGCUUAACAAAUUAUCAAUCAAUUCCUUAUGGCAAAGAAAACUUUCUCAAUGUUUGAUCAUACUGCUAUAUUGGCUCCACUGAGGACUAUGAGCCUCAUUGUCACAACCUCCUAUACCAGACUUGUAUUUGGCUAAGCAUAUCUUAAGAGCAAAGACUAGGGUUUAAGCCUCUUUUUCUAAUGAUGUGGUAUUUAGGUUUCCCAAAUUUGUCACUUUCAGAUUUAUGCUAGUAUUGGUGAAAGAUCAUUUACGUACAGGCCUUUAGCUUGCUGGUCUGCCUUCUUGGUGUUGAAGUAGCCCAGUCGCUAUGUGCUUUUAGUAGUUUGGUUCUGUCUGUAUCUGUGAGGGGUAUCGGGGUGUCUUUAGUUAAUAAUUCAUGUUAUGUUUAUUUAUUGCAUACGUUUGGAUCCUACAAGCCGAAGUGGGCCAAGUUGCAAUGCCCUAACAAUUCAAAUGCUCUAUUAUCUGUUUCAACCCCAGGCAUUGAUUUGCCAUGUCAACAUGCCAUCUGACUAAUGAGUCGUAGCGCGUUUAUUGGCUACUAACUGGAUAUAGUACAAGAAUGACUGUCAAUAGUACUCCACUCUACACUCUAGCUAAUGUUAGCUAUAGGGUCUGCUUGUCACUUAUUUUGCUUCAUUUAUGUGCGUUGUUUAAAUUGCAAAUAUGGCCUGUCAAAUUGAUAUUUUAUUGACUGGAUGAUCCAUAUGAAUGUACUUGCAUAUUGAAUGAUGUAUUUGAGGCAGGGUAAGAGCAUGCCUUUAUUUAUUUUUACAAACUUACGUUUGGUUCUAUUAAUCUUCCUCCAGAUAGUUUACUUGUAGCCUUGUAUUUGCAAGUUAUUGUGUAUGCUGAUUUUGG